GAGGCGGGCGGUUGGUGGGCGCCGUCGGCUGCUGUGGUAACGGGGCUCUUUCGGGGGAGGGGGGAGCGCUGCUUGGGGCGCCUCCCCUGCUCCCAAGAUGGCGGCGGCGGGGGCUGCUGGGGUGAACCCUUUCCUCAGCGACUCCGAGGAGUCGGACCCCGACGAGGCCCGGCCCGGCGGUGGCGGAGGCAGCAGCAGCAGCGACCCCGGCGGCGGAACGGCCGCUCCGCUCCCGCUGCCUUCGUCGGCCUGCUCUUCGCCGCCGCCGCCCCUUCAGCAACAGCAGCAUCAGCAUCUGCCCUUGCCGCCUCCCUCCUCCCUGCAGGCCGAGGAGCCGCCUCGGGUCCCCGUGGACGCCCUGGCGGCUCAGCUGCUGCGCGACCAGUUCGUGCUGACGGCGCUGGAGCUGCACGCGGAGCUGCUGGAGAGCGGCCGGGAGCUGCCCCGCCUGAGGGAUUACUUCUCCAACCCGGGCAACUUCGAGCGCCAGGGAGGAGGCUGCGCAGGGGGGGCGACGACGACGGCGCCCACCCCGCCGGCCUCGGCGGCCCCGGGGCUACUGGCGGGGGCCGGAGUAGGGAAGGAGCCCGGCGCAGCAGGACAGCUCCAUCGAGCUGGAAGCAUUAGCACUCUUGACUCACUGGACUUUGCAAGAUAUUCAGAUGAUGGCAACAGGGAGACAGAUGAACGGCUGGCUGUCCUGGAGUUUGAACUACGGAAAGCAAAGGAGACCAUUCAGGCCCUCCGAGCCAACCUGACUCAGGCUGCAGAAAAUGAAGUUCCUUUGCAGGAACGGAGAAAUUACAAAUCAAGUCCUGAAAUUCAGGAACCAAUUAAACCUCUUGAAAAAAGAGCUCUAAACUUCUUAGUCAAUGAAUUUUUAUUAAAGAACAGCUACAAGCUUACUUCAAUAACUUUUUCAGAUGAAAGUGAUGAUCAGGAUUUUGAAUUAUGGGAUGAUGUAGGACUGAACAUUCCAAAGCCUCCAGACUUGCUACAACUCUACCGUGACUUUGGGAACCACCAAGUAACUGCAAAAGAUGUUGUAGAUGUAGCAGUUGGCCCGGAAGAGGAUGAAUUUGACGCAACCACUCCUAUCCUAGAGAACAUUCCUAUAUUUGGAACACCAGAAUCUAUAGAGCAAUGUGUAAUGGUGCAGAAAUUGGAAGAUCAAAUUAAUGUGUUAAGCACCGAGAAGUGGUCUCUGCUGGAACAAAUACGAAGGCUUGAAAGUGAGAUAGAGUACUUAAGAAAUGAAAAAACUCCUGUUCCAGUGAUAUUUGAUUCAGUCCAGUCAUCUUUAGCUCAAGUGCCUCUCACAGUCCCAGACAAUAACGGGAGAUAUUUAGAUAUCCAGAGUUCGCUUAAUGACGGUCAACAUGGUGACACUGAAGAGAAAAGGCCUCCUAAAGAAGAUAUGAGAAUUUCUUUUCCUUUGAAGGAGAGAGAAAAACUUCCAUCUUGUCCUCCAUCAAAUAAAGCUGCCAUACACUUCGAUAAACCCAAUAGGAAGCUGUCACAUGCGUUCCAUCAAGCAUUGCUGUCUUUCUGUCAAAUGUCAGCAGAGAGCCGUUUGGGAUCAGAGGUGUCCCGAAUUGCUGAUAGUGAAAAAAGUGUCAUGCUGAUGCUUGGGCGUUGCUUGCCGCAUAUCGUUCCUAAUGUCCUGCUUGCAAAGAGAGAGGAACUGAUACCCCUCAUACUGUGUACAGCUUGCCUCCAUCCUGAACCCAAAGAGAGAGAUCAGCUCCUACACAUAUUGUUCAACUUGAUCAAAAGGCCAGAUGAUGAGCAAAGGCAAAUGAUUCUGACUGGAUGUGUAGCAUUUGCUCGGCAUGUUGGACCAACACGUGUAGAAGCAGAACUUUUACCACAAUGUUGGGAGCAGAUCAAUCACAAAUAUCCAGAAAGACGGCUGUUAGUGGCAGAGUCCUGUGGAGCAUUAGCACCAUAUCUUCCUAAAGAGAUUCGAAGUUCGUUGGUACUUUCCAUGUUACAGCAGAUGUUAAUGGAAGAUAAGACAGAUUUGGUGCGAGAAGCUGUGAUCAAAAGCCUUGGUAUCAUCAUGGGGUACAUUGAUGAUCCGGACAAAUACCAACAGGGUUUUGAACUACUACUUUCAGCGUUGGGUGAUCCCUCAGAACGAGUAGUUGGUGCAACUCAUCAAGUGUUUUUACCUGCCUAUGCUGCCUGGACCACAGAACUAGGAAAUUUGCAGUCUCAUCUUAUACCUACAUUGCUUAGUAAAAUUGAAAAACUACUCAGGGAAGGCGAGCAUGGACUUGAUGAACACAAGCUGCACAUGUAUCUUUCUGCUUUGCAGUCCUUGAUUCCUUCGCUUUUUGCACUAGUGCUACAGAACGCACCUUUUACAAGCAAAGCUAAGCUUCAGGGUGAAAUUCCACAGAUUGAAGUGACUAGAUUCCCAAGGCCUGCAUCGCCUCUUCAGGAUGUAGCCACCAUAAUUGGAAGCCGUGAACAAUUGGCUGUGCUAUUACAACUUUAUGAAUACCAGUUGGAACAUGAGGGUACCACAGGCUGGGAUACCUUACUGUGGGUUGUCAAUCAACUGUUGCCGCAACUUAUAGAAAUAGUUGGCAAAAUCAAUGUAGCCUCAACAGCCUGUGUACAUGAAUUCUCAAGGUUUUUCUGGCGCCUUUGCAGAACAUUUGGGAAAAUCUUCACAAAUACAAAGGUAAAACCACAGUUCCAGGAAAUCUUAAGGCUGUCUGAGGAGAAUGUUGAUGCCACAGCAGGAAAUGGAGUGCUAACAAAAGCCACGGUUCCUAUUUAUGCCACAGGUGUACUUACAUGCUAUAUCCAGGAAGAAGACCGGAAGCUGUUAGUUGGAUUUUUAGAAGAUGUAAUGACCAUGCUUUCAUUAUCCCAUGCGCCUCUUGAUAGCCUGAAAGCAUCUUUUGUGGAACUGGGUGCAAACCCAGCAUACCAUGAGUUGCUGCUAACUGUAUUGUGGUAUGGAGUUGUCCAUACUUCAGCACUUGUUCGGUGCACAGCUGCUAGAAUGUUUGAGCUGUUGGUGAAGGGGGUACAUGAAACUCUGGUAGCUCAGAGAGUUGUUCCUGCUCUCAUUACUCUCUCCAGUGACCCUGAAAUGCUGAAGAACCCUUCUGCUUUGUUUCCUCUUAGCUCUGUAAGAAUAGCCACAAUUCCUGCUUUUGGUACCAUCAUGGAAACGGUCACCCAGAGAGAGCUGUUGGAAAGGGUUAAAAUGCAGUUGGCCUCUUUUCUGGAAGAUCCACAAUACCAGGACCAACAUUCUUUACACACAGAAAUCAUAAAAACCUUUGGAAGAGUUGGGCCAAAUGCUGAGCCAAGAUUUCGCGAUGAAUUUGUUAUUCCACACUUGCAUAAACUCGCCUUGGUCAAUAACCAACAGUCUGCAGAUUCAAAAAGAUUGGAUAUUGCUACUCAUCUCUUUGAAGCCUACAGCGCCCUCUCCUGUUGUUUUAUUUCAGAGGAUUUAAUGGUCAAUCACUUUUUACCUGGACUCAGGUGUUUACGAAAUGACAUGGAAUCUCUCUCGCCAGAACAUGAGGUUAUUUUAAGCUCCAUGAUAAAGGAGUGUGAACAGAAAGUGGAAAAUAGGAGUGUCCAAGAACCGCAAGGCUCUAUGUCAAUUGCAUCAAGCCUCGUGAGUGAAGACACAAAGACCAAGUUUCUGAACAAAAUGGGCCAGUUGACCACUUCAGGUGCCAUGCUGGCCAACGUAUUCCAGAGGAAGAAAUAAAUUAGAAAAGGAAGUCCUUGUAAACACUGAAGAGACCUCAUUUAAGACUGGUUCCUUGUACUUGAAGUACUUGCCUUUUUAUUUCCCCGUCUUACGUUCUUGUAGUAUAAUUUUACUCUAACCAACAAAGAUAUUUGCACUGCUCUUGAAUAUUGCUACGUAUCUGUUAAUUUGGGGUUAAAUGUGGUUGAUUAUAAAACUAAAUUAAGUCUGUAUCAAGUCCCUGUUCUGUGUUCUCGUCUUUCCAGCAUAUAUAUAUGGUUUAUAUAUAUAUAUAUAAUGGGGUUGUUUUUUUAUUUCCUGAUGGGUUCUCGGCUGAUAUCUGUAUUAUACAUCAAACUGUUAUGGUGGUACUUAAAAUAAUGUAAAUCUGAAGUCACGGUCAUGAAGUAAUAAAAGUGGAGAUUACUUAUGUAUUUAAGUUAUAAGAAGAUAAUGCAGAAUUUUUUAAUGUUUCUAAAAUGAAAGGCAAGAGCCACCAGCACAAGUCUGAUUCCUGGAUUGUUUUUGUAAGUUAUUGUAUAUUUGAAUUAAAGAGUUAGAGAUUAUAAUGUAUAACAGAACUGCUUGCACUACAAGUCUCAAAAGAGGACCAGAUUAUUCUAGAACUGAUGGAUAAACCAAAUUUUUGAGAUAAAUCUUGUGCAUGUAUUGGCAUUUUUUAAUGUGUGUGAAGCAGCUUCGUUAUUAGCUGCCCUGCUUUAGACAGCACAUCCCAAUGAGCAGAGGCAGGGGGUGGGAAAUUUUAUUCCAGUGCAGUCCUAAUCAUGUUUACUGAUUUCAAUGGGGCUUCCUUCCAGCACAGAGUGUGUAUAGUAUUGCAGCAUGAAGUGCGAUGCUGCCAUGCGAAAACAUUUUAUCUGCAUAGAUGCUCCCCACAGCAGUGCUCUGUUUCCCCCCUACGUGUCACCCUAUAAAUGUACAGUGUCUACGUGCCAGAGCAACACCUGCCUUGGCUACUGAUGCCACGUGUGCUAUGGACAUAAGUUGAGCAGGGCAUGGGGUCAGCACCUUCUCCAGUGGGAUGCUCGAUGUGUCGAGUGGCUACAUGGACAUGUCCUUUUCCCUUGGCUAGUAUGUCGUUUAAGUCAGGCCUGAGGGUCUGCAAGGCGGCAGCAUUCAAAGAGCACGUUGUAUUUGAUCCACGAUGUACUACAUAGCAGCACUCCAGCGACUAAAAGCAAUAACUUGUUUCGCCUUCGACACCAAUUAAGUUGUGAGGUUGUUGAUGCAAUGUAACUUUAAAGGGCCUUUUGAAUUAUGUAAAUUUAAUGUAGACAAUGUACGGCGUGGUUUCUAUCCCAGGAGCCGCCCCUGUGCUAAGGAGUGGUUCGUGGAUCGAGCAAAGCCUUCCAUCAGCUGGAACGGGAAUCAAGCUGACCUUCGGGGAUUUCUCUGGUCGUGCCAGAGGACCUCCCACCCCUUCUAGCACAGAUUUCGGAUAGGGAUGGAGAUUUGCCAACGAUUGCCUUGAUUCCUUCCCCACUGACUAAACACUCCAUGGGAUCAAAGAGCCUUCUGUCAGCACAAUGGGAUCCAACCCUGUGUAUUUCUUGAGAACUGUUUGCAAACGUUACCAAUAAUUUUUAAUGCUGACUUCUACCACAGUUUUCAUCAUUGAGUAUGUAACAGUUGCCGCACCCUUGCAGCAUACUUGUGCAGUAAAUUGGGCCAGCAGCCAGAUUUGUCUGAGGCCUCACAGGGUUUCAUGGCAGUGUGGAGAUGUGCUCUGAAUGCAAAACUGUCGCCACUGCAUCUUUCUCUUCUUAAAGCUCCGGCAUGCUUCUUUACAGAGCUACAAAGAUAGAGGUAAUCAUUCCGUUUAAAUAUUGCUGUGUUAUGUAAACUCUGUUUUUGCGAAAUGGGAAAGGGGUGUUAAACUUGAUUGGUGUCGGUGGGCGCAGGCCCAGUUCCUCUGCUAUUUCUUUGCAAAGAGACGGCUGUACUGAUAGCACUCUAUAUGUAGGAGUCACUAGCCCAAUAAUCUCACUCUGGCAUUAAGCCUAGCAAAUGGGCUCAAGCCUUGCCAAGCCCCGGUCACAUCCCCUGCAUGUUCUGCAAUAAGAAAUGUGGAGACUUUUCGGUGGAAGAUCUGUGAGACCAGUACCUUCAGCAAUCACUGCAAUUCCUGUUCAGAGCACUGGCAAAGAGAGUGAAGGGGGCACCAGCUUUAGGCCUCCCAGAGCUCCUAUUGUAUCCGACUGGGUGGGGGCAGUAUGUUUAUCUUUUCAGAUACCUGUCAUAUCUGUAACAAAGGACCUGUUUUGCAGAUGCCGCAGCUUUCAUUUUUUGAAUUGUAUACGCUGACAUUUUUAACAAUUCCCUAUCUCGGUUACUGCCAGGUUUGCUGAUUCUGUUGCAAGUUGUUGUCUUAACAGACUACCUGAUUAUGAAAUGUUGGAGACAUUCCUGAGGAAUUAGAAGUGGCUGUGUCUCUUGUCCUUUCUUGAGUUAAAUAAAAUGUUUUGCAUA